AUGGCUUCCGUGUCCUUGAGUCGGCACGAUGUCCAUGUGCUAGACAAAAUCAAAGACCCCGAAUCCGACCCAUCAGCGAACGUCUUGCUUGACCCGUCACUGCCUCGAGACCCUCAAAUGACCGACACAACUGUCUACGAGCGCGUGAUCCAGAAAGAGAGGGAAAUCAUCUUGUCCAUGCAGCAGCUCGAGCUUCAGAUGGCAGGGCUGAGACCGAGAACCUUCACGGAACCCGUCCAGGAGUACAAGGUCCUCCUAUCGAAGCUGGACGACUUCAUCUCCGAGUAUCCAAAUUAUGCCAGCGCCAGAAACAACCGAGUGCAGGCGUUGAGACGCUUGUAUGGGGACACAAUGCUGCUGUCUGGGGCACCACCCUUGUCACAGCGCCUGAUCGAGAAUCCCGAUAGUGUCGAGAUUGGCCACCAGUCCAAGUUAGCAUUGGAUGACAUCGAAAAGUCCAUCUCACUCUUGACACCUCGGAAUAUGUUCGGCGCCAUGUCGCCUCAAGCGGCCAAGACACUGUCUCUGGCAUACACUCAGCGGGCAGCCAUCUACCACAUGACGGCGAAGUCGGUGCCUGGGCUUCAGGUGCACGUUGACCAGAGCAGACAGGAGGCGAAUUGGAGUAAGCUCGAUUUCGAAGAGGCGGCGUCGCGGGACUUUGCGAUGGGCGGUAGAUAUGGGAAUGAAAUAGCCAAAGGUCUGGCUGUAAGCACAAACCCGACGGCGAAGUUGUGUGGGCAGAUGGUUCGGGAAGCGAUGAAGAAGGAGUAUGGUCCGUCAUUCGGUGACUAA